GAGAUGGUAAAGCUAUAAUAUGGAACCUUCUCAGUAGAUUUAGAUAGAGAGAGAGAGAAAGAGACAAAGUUCAUUUCUUUUGCUCUCUCUUGCUUCAUCUUUAAACCAACCGUGUUCUAUAAUCUCCGGCGAUGAUGACGACGGCCGAGGGUGAGUACUCGAAGGCCAAAACUUCGGUUUGGUGGGACAUAGAGAACUGCGAGGUGCCUAAAGGCUGGGACGCGCACGCGAUUGCUCAGAACGUGAGUUCUGCUUUGUUGAAUAUGAACUACGGUGGUCCUGUCUCAAUCUCCGCGUACGGCGACACCAAUCUGAUCCCUCACGCUGUUCAGCAAGCGCUUUCUUCUACUGGUGUUGGUCUUAAUCACGUCCCUGCAGGAGUGAAAGAUGCGAGUGACAAGAAGAUACUAGUGGAUAUGUUGCUGUGGGCUGUAGACAACCCUGCACCAGCCAACUUCAUGCUCAUCUCAGGAGAUAGGGACUUCUCCAAUGCUCUUCACCAGCUAAGUAUGAGGAGGUACACUAUUCUCCUGGCUCAGCCUCCACGUGCCUCCGCUCCGCUUGUUGCAGCUGCUAAAAAUGUAUGGCUCUGGACAAGCCUAGCGUCUGGUGGUCCUCCUCUUACAAGUGGUGAAUCCUCUCGACUUGUUAACAACGGGCGCGGUCUUGUCUCUAAUUCUGAAGCGGCGAAAGAUCAAGUUUCUGAACAGGCUCAGACCAGCAAACCAACAACUCUCUCAACGUCUGUCGCUGGAGAUACCAAGGAUCACAAAACCAGAGAAAACCAUGUUCCGAGAGCAGUACCUCAGGAUGAAUGCAAAGGAGCCACAGGUGAAUCUGUUACUUCUUCUGAUAGUCUCAAAAAUGUUGCUCCGCAAAAAUCAGAUAAAAGACAUACAUCUCAGGCCGCGUCUGUACCCAGUCAAAAAACUCAGGCCAGCGUUAAAGCCAAACCAGUACAAGAAGCAAAGCUUUCGGAACCUGUAUUUUGCAGUAUUUGCCAGAUCAGCUGCGCCACUAAGGAUGCAUAUACAAAGCAUACCUAUGGUAAAAGACACCGGAGCAACUUGGAGCUCUCUAAGGAGGUUCUGGAGAAACAAAAUGUUUACUAUCAUUGUCGUUUGUGCGAUGUGACAUGUCAGAGACAAGUGGUCUUUGAUUCUCAUCUCAGGGGUCAGAAACAUGCUGCCAUGCUGAGUCAAUCAGAGGCACUCAAUGAUUCCAAGAAGCAUCAGGAAAAAGGUGUCAGAGAAAAGGAUCAACCAAGAGAAGCAGUCGCAAAGCCUAAAUCAUAUACUGACUAUGUUUGUGGUUUGUGCAAUGUGGUGUGCAAGAGUCAAUCUGUCUUUGAUUCUCAUCUAAGCGGCAAGAAGCACGCUUCCAUGCUUAGCCAGUCAAAGGAACUCAUUGGUUCUAAGAAGCUUCAAGAGAAAGGUGUUGGAGAAAAAGAUAUAGCAAGAGAAACAGUUGCAGAGCCCAAACCAAAGGCUGUCCACGUUUGUCGUUUGUGCAAUGUGACAUGCCAGAGUCCAAUAGUUUUUGAGUCUCAUCUAAGAGGCCAGAAGCAUGCUGCAAUGCUGACUCAAUCAGAGGCACUCGUUGAUUCUAACAAGCUUCAAGAGAAAGGUGUCGGAGAAAAGGAUCGACUAAUAGAAGCAAUUGGAGAGUCUCAGCUGCAGUCUCAAAUGGCUCAAGAGAAUAGCAAGUGUUUAGAGAAGCAUGUUGCCAUGGUGAAUCAAUCUGAGGCACUCAUUAAUUCUAAGAAGCUUGAAGAAAAGGUUCAACCAAUAGAAACAAUUCUAGAACCUCAGUCGCAGUUUCAAAACCCUCAAGAGAACACCAAGUUCCUUGAGAAGCCAAACGUAGAGGUCAGAGAGAUAUGUGGCACCACAAAAAGCAAUAUAAAAGAAAAUAAUUCAAGUACCAAAGACUGGGUUGAGACUUCUUUCUUCGGUGACCUUUUAUGUGAUUCUAAAGCACCAGAAGAAUCAAGAGAAUGUUUUGAUGGCACUGUCAAGCCUGUAAACCUGUCUGGAGGAGCAACUGAGAAGGAAAAGGAGGUGAUGGUACCCCAAGCAAUAGCAGCUAGCAAUAAAAGUUAUGGAAGCCAGGGUUUGUCAACAGUGGUUACUAACAAAAACCAUACUACGCCUGGUUUUGUAGCUAGUGAUGGUGCUAAGUCCAGCGUUUCAACCAAUCAUAUAACGAAGGAACCAAAUGUUUGUCCUGUCUUCUGCCAUGUCUGCCAGAUCAGCUGCGACAGCAAGGUUGCAUUUGAAAAUCACAUCUAUGGGAAAAUACACCAACAGAAGAAUGAAGAGAGAUUGAAGAAGAUAUUGAACAAUAACCAUGCCGCCAUGGUCAAGGAGCAAACAGAGCAGGCACACGUUGAUUCAAGGAGAACACGACAAGAAGUUUACCAAAAAGAAUUGGAACAUGCACAUCAAGAAAAUGAAACAACACUUGUGAAGACUAAGGAUCAUGUGUUCCAAGGUGCACAACAAGUCAAAGAGGAAGUAAAGGAGAUAAACCACAUAUCUGAGAGCGUCAGAAACGCCAUAUCGCAUGCGUGCCCUGAACUGAAUCAAGAGUCUUGUAUACCCAAAGAAUUGAGACUUGAGAGAGUACAACUUCCAGCAGACCGGAAUGUGACCAAGAAGUUUGAAGAUUGGUCCAAGCAUAAUCCCCUACCAACACCAUCGCUAUCCGUAAAAGACUGUUGGGACAGAGAGGCUGCCGAGAGGGAAGAUGCUAAGGUUCAACCUGAUAACUUUUGGACCAGACUUUGGGGGAAAAAGAGUUAAAAAAGCCUUGCUGAAUAAUUGUCUGAUUUAAAACUGUAGUUUAUGGUCAACUAUUAACUUAUAUCUAUGUUUAGUUGGUGUGUUCUAAUGAGACUGAGAGAAAACAACGUUAAGCAAAUUUGAAACAAAAAUUAAACAUAUCCAGUUGUAAUUUGUAAAGCUCUUCACUCCUUUCUCCUAAAGUCGAGUAGUUUUUAUAUACUU